AAGGUUUUUUUUGUUGUGUUUGUGUGUAUUGUCGCAGAUAGCGUAACGGCGUAACUUAAAGAAAACCAGUGGCAGCCUAGGCAUUCUCAACAAAAUCAGCCGAACGAUGCCAUAAGUGCCGACGUUUCCACGAGCAAGGUAUCGCAUUGAGUUGAGUGUGCCGCGCUGUAGUUAUUCAGCGUCAUCGGAUCACGGGGAGACGGGGUCGCACACUACGUCGGGCUUCGCGGCAUCGACAGCAGACGCCGUCGUCUAGUGCGUCUGUGUGUUACGCGACCUAACGUUUGGGGCUUCGGCCGAUACGCGCGUUUUGGUUUACGCUCGUCUGGAUUAGCGUCUAAAAAUGGCUCGCGAGCAGCUGUCUUCGUGACGUUGUAGCCUGUCAAUACGCCGUUGAUAAGGAGUGGAGAAAAGACUCGCUGGGAAACGGGCCGACCAAUCCCCGCGAUCGUCACGGCCCAUUGCCUACAGGCAAAUGCUGCAUGCAUGGGACCUGCCCGUCAAGAUUUCCUGAGAUAUGGAGGGACAGUCGGGAUCGUCGAGGGACAACGGCAUAACAGUCACGUUCAUGUCACAUCCGUCCAUAUGGCUCGCUGCACGUCUCCCGUCGAUAGUGUUGUGCGCCCUGGCCACGCUUGUGUUGACGUUCCUCGCUAUACGACAGAGUGACGAGUUCAUCAAGCAACAAGACCAAGAGGAAGUGUUCAGAUGGCUCGACAACAUUGGCUAUGGAAAGCACAAGCAGUUCAUAUAUGACCAAGGCUGCGACUCGCUCGCCUCCUGCUGCGACUUGCUGCUCUCCCCUCCUCCUCUCUCGUCGUCGACCCCCUCUCCCAGUGGAGAAGGAGGAGGAGGACCGCCUCGCCCUCUCCACUCGUCGCCUCCUCUCCACUUCGCCUCCAGCAAACUGUAUGGCGCGCUGCGGCCCGCCGCCGAGCGGCUGCGGUCGAGGCUAGUGCUGGAGCGCUGGCUGCGCGACCGGCGCCUGCUGUCCGUCGUCGCGGUCCGGCGGAGCCUGGGCUUGGACGCCGCCGCCGGGGAAGAGGGCGGCUGUGACGACGCGCAGGACGCGACCCCCGGCCGGAGGUCCACGUCGCCCAAGUGGUCCUUCUUCGGCUGGCCCAUCCCUGGAUUCGGCAGGAAGUCCAGAAAAUUUCCUUUUGGAAUCGAGAGCCUCGAGCAGCUAGCGCAGCAGGUCCUCAGUGACGUCGAAAGCAAGGACCACAGCUGGACUCCAGAAGUGGUGCGUGCUGUGAGACAGCUGCCAAACACACCCGAGGCACUCGGGGCUGCAACAGACCUCAUCUGGGAGCGCAUCCUCUUUGAGCAAGAACAAAAGACAUGGGCCUUUGGGGCUAUGCUGGGUGUGUCCCUGGUGGCUUCUGUGCUGGUGGGCGUGGCCUCCCUGAUGCUGGCGCCCGCGGGGCUGCUGUGUGACCAAUCGGCUGCGGCCGCCGCGAAGCUCGGCUUCCUCAGCUACCUCACCGGGAAGUACCUCUCGCCGGCCAACUGCAAAGUCGAGUUCGACUGGACCGAGCCACAGGUCGUAGGCUGCACACUGACCUUCUUCAUCAAGUUCUUCCAGCGCAAUGGUCGCAGCUACCCAAUUUGUGACGAAGAUCCACUGUUAGUCGAAAUCGUAGCCGGCAAUGGCGCCCACAAGGUGGCAUGCAGUGUUGAGCUGGGUGGCACAGAUCCGAACCUGGCCAAUCAGGCGAGAGUCCAGUUCACAGUGCGCCGCGCUGGUCUCUGCCAUGUGUCGGUCCUCAUCGGCAUGGUGCACGUUCGGGGCUCGCCGUUUGUCAAGAACUUUCUUCCAGGUCGGCCGGACCCUCAGAAGACAGGGUUCAUUCACCACAGCUGCACGGUGGUCUGCACCCAGGACGAACCGCACCAUCUCUUCCUGGAGCCCAGGGACAAGUACAACAACGCAUGCCUUGUGAAUUCCACCACCGAUGCCAGCGACGAGUACAGCGUCGACAUCGUCGAGGUCAGCUCAAACAGACCCGUCGCAUCCUGCUACCACUGGGAGAGCCAUCCUGAAAACUCGAGGAUCGCGCUAGUGCUUAAUCUCAACAAGGUUGGCUGCUACCAAGUCAACGUCUCAUACCGCGCCACCAGCCUGAGCAAUGGAGACUUCCACGUCAUUGUGCUCUCGAAAAGCGACGCUGCUUUGGUCAAGAAGAAUGUUGCCAAGAAAAGCCACAACAUCUGGUACGAAGCCAAGCUGAUAGCCAUGAACUGCGAGAGGCUUAGCAAACCCAAGAGGGUGUUUGUCUACGUUUCGCCAAAGCAACUCACAAUCAAGGAAUAUAUGCUCAGGAUCAUUCCAAAGAGGCUCAUCACAUUUCGACUCUGCCCCAGCACUAAGUUUCAAUUCAAAGGGAGCAACAAUCACGAAGGAGAGCCCGUGCUCGUCGUGGACGACGGCUGUCAGCCGCAAGUUGAAAUGGUUUGCGAGGAAAGGGACGUCAUUGCCGCCACUUUCACUCAGUUCCUGCUCAAGAACAUUGGUGGGUCAGAGACCUUCAAGGACAAGUUAGAGUUUUUCCACUACGAAGUGCGGAAGCUGCAUCAGAAGCACUACCAUGACAAGCUUCAGCUGAAGGUGUCACGAGACAAGAUUCUUGAGUCUUCAAUGAAGGCGACCAAGAACUUCAGCACCAGUGAUUGGUGCAAGAGCUUCGAGAUAACCUUCAUGGGAGAACAAGGUUUGGACUGGGGUGGACUUCGUCGAGAAUGGUUUGAGAUCCUCUGUGCUGCACUCUUCGACCCUGAAAACCAGCUCUUUCAUCGGUUUAAGAAUGACAAGCAGGGCUUGGUUCACCCGAAUCCGCGGAGACCGGCUCACUUGAAGUUGAAGCACUACGAGUAUGCGGGCCGCAUUGUCAGCAAGUGCCUUUACGAGUCCUCGCUAGGCAGUGGCUACAGGCAACUAGUCAGGGCUCGCUUCUCCAGGUCAUUCCUUGCUCAGCUCAUCGGGCUCAGGGUUCAUUACAAGUACUUCGAACAGGACGAUCCAGACUUGUACAUGGCCAAGAUAAAGUACAUUCUGGAGAAUGACGUGAACGACAUGGAGCUGUACUUCACCGAAGAAGAGUACACCAGCUCCGGGCAGCUCUUGAAGACCACGGAGCUCAUCCCUGGUGGCUCACGGAUUCGCGUCACCAACCAGAACAAGCUCAUGUACCUUGACGCGCUGGCGCAAUAUCGGCUGGCCACCAGCGUCCGAGAGGAAGUGGAAUACUUUCUCAAGGGACUCAAUGAACUCAUUCCAGAGAACCUGCUCUGCAUUUUCGACGAGAACGAGCUAGAGCUGUUGAUGUGCGGCACUGGCCAGUUCAGCAUAGCCGACUUCAAAGCCAAUCACACAGUCAGCGGCUUUUCUUUCGAGUUCAGAAAGGUGCUGGACUGGUUCUGGACGGCGGUGUCAAACUUCACUGAGGAGGAGAUGGCGCGUCUGCUCCAGUUCACCACCGGCUGCUCCCAGCUGCCACCGGGGGGCUUUGCUGAGCUCAAUCCACGCUUCCAUCUGAGUGCGGCACCCACUUUUGGCAGCCUGCCUACGGCACACACGUGUUUCAACCAGCUCUGCCUUCCCGACUACGACUCGUACGAGCAGUUUGAGCGGGCCUUGAGGCUCUCCAUCAAUGAAGGAACUGAAGGCUUCGGCAUGAUCUGAUCCGCGGCUCUGAAUCUCGCUCCGAAGCUGUUGUACCCGCCAAGAAAGUUCAGUGCGUGUGUGUGUUACCGGUUGUGAAUGGGCACGACUUCGCCGCUGCAUCACGGAUUGCCGUGGUUGGUGCUACAAGAGGAGGGGCUGCAGAAUUUGAUGCCAAGUGUUCCAACAGUGAAGAAGGCAACUUUGUUGGGUUUUUCUUUCUUCUUCCUUUUGUAUUUCUAGUGAAAUGGAAGGUUUUGGUAGUCAGCGAGGAGCGAUGAGAUGUCAUGUGCUGUUAUUUUCAGCUGGCACAUCAACGAACACACAAUUGUGAUGUGCCUUGGUGCUUUCAUGUGCCGCACUUGUAAGCAUCUCCUGCAUACAAUUUUUUUUUUCUCGUUGUGUACUUUUAUGCGAGCCCAUUGUUGACGUGUCAAAAUAUGCAACGCACACGGCAGCGCCAACUUUUCGCCACGGUUCAUUCAUCGCUGCUGUGAGUUACUAUGGCUCACUUUGUUUGUGCAGUGUAGUUUGUGGCGUCUUUCUGAAAUGAUUUCGUUGCCGUCAGAAGUGCAAUUUGCACUGGACGGGAAACGGUAUGAAUGUAUAACAUCGUUAUCUUUCUUUCUUUUUUUUUUCUCAAAGCACCAUUUAGAGAGUCCAAUAAUGACAUUCUAUAGCUUCGUUGUGUACUUAAGAUCAUUCAUUCUUCAAACACUCGCUGUAGCUGGAAGUUUCAUUAAAACUAAGUCAUUAACUUGAAACAAGCACUGCAGAAGUGUGCCACCUCCCCUAGCUCUAAUACCUGCCAGACCUUAGCACACGCUGAAUGCAAAUGUUUUCAAAGUUACCAUGGACUCUCUACAAAGUAGUCUUAUAGCUUUGCGCAGGGAACUAUUAAUGAACUUUAUUAGGCCUCUUGAGAGGCACAUCUUUGCAAGACAGGUGAUACUUAGGCAAGUUGUUGUGUGUCAUGCUGGACAUGACGUAGCACGUUAUAACAUGCCUUACCAUUCCUUUAUUUCGGCCAUAUUUUAUCGUUAUGCCAUGCCGUUGAUUCCCAAUAAUUCAAACUCUGGCAAUUAAAAGUUACGUUUACUCAAUAUAAAUAUCAAAAUUUGAAGGGGCUAGCCAUCAGCCUAUGCACAUUUAAAGUCUAUUGAUUCAAACUGGACCUUCAGGUAGUUUGAACAAUUUGACUUCCCUUCCCAGGGAGCAACAGGGAAGCCAGAAACGGCUUUUGAGAGGUAAAUCCUUAUUCAUAGCUGCAUGAAUAGUCAAAAGUGUGCUUGCGUUUGAUUUCCAGGACACCAUUCACGGUGAAUGGCGCGGCUACCUGGUGGUGCCGCCGACCCAGUCUCCACAAUUGCAGCCAUGUAAUACAUAUAAUAAUAUGUUAGCCUAUGAAUUAUAGAUUCUUUUUUGUCUGUUCGAAAUCUGUUUGUGUAUACCUUUUUGUACAAAAGCUUGCGAUUCUGUUGACGGAUCGCAUUUUACUUAGCUUCAAAUAAUUCAGACAGAGGUUUUCGGUCCUUUAGAGCUUCAAUUACCAUGAUUCAACUGCUGUAUUUUUGUGGUGUUUGUGUCUUUACUUGCAUCUAGUGCUUCAUAGCGCACUCAACUUUUGUUCUCCACGACUCUUCCUAGUGUGGAGGAAGCAAUUGCAUUUCUGUGAGGGUUGGCCAAAUGAAACCUGGAUAAAGUGCAACAGUUUGGUCUGGCUUCACAUUCCCGCCCAGGCAUUUAUUUCUGACAGCUCCAACACAGGCACGCUGAUCGAAAAACAAUACUGCAUAUUGUUUUGUUUUUUUCCAUGUAGAUAUCCAUAUGUGAAACUGUGCCAGUUUUUACUGCAUUACUGAACUCCUUAUGAGCUGCAAGUUCAAUAACAGAUAACAGUAUUGCAAGCUCGACCUCUGCCACAUCCAAGUUUCGUUUGGUCGGCCCUGAUGUGUGUGUGUAUAUAUAUAUAUAAGAAACUCGCUAUAUUCCAUUUUAGACUGCGUUAGGGGGACCACUCGAUCGACUUUAACCAAUCCAAUCGCCAUGGCGACCUUGUAGCAUUCCUUUUGAUGCGAACAAGAAAAAGCGGCUGUCUAGUCAUGUUUUGUAUGUCAGGUUUUGCUGCAACUUCGAUGUUGCCUUAGGUAAACUCGCUGCUAGGGACAGCCUUUUUGCGCUUUCUCCGCAGUUCCUUGUUCAAAAGCUAUAGUUCCUUGCUAAUUUAGUAAACCUCAUGAUCACAAGGGCGCCCUUUCAUUGCUGCAGUGAGCCAACUUGGACAAGUUGGUUCUAAACCGAGACAGUCAAUAAAAAAUAAAAAAAUAUAGGUAAGAGAAAGUGUGACCGAUUUUAACAACAUUGUGAACAUGGUGCAGACAACAGGCCAGUGGCAAGCGGACAGCACAGACGCCUGCAUGGUCCGUCUGCCUUCUGGCUGCUGACCUGUUGAUGCCGCUUAUAUAUAAUUUCAUUGCUGACUAUAAGCGAAAAAAGAAAAAAAAAAAAAAAAGAAGUGAUGCUGUGCUUCUUAAGCAUUGCUUCCUGGCCUCUUUCGUGACAGAUGUAGAAAUUAACGCUGCUCAACUGGAAGCAGUUUCGCGAAUUGCGUUCAGAAUUCGCUGAGCUGCAUCAAAACCUUGCUGUUCACAAUACUAAACCAUGUCCGAGCAUAAAGCGUUGCACAAAAGGAGUACCGAUAGAAAAGGAAUUGUCUUGUUUCUGUUUCUUUAUUGGAUAGCGGUCAACCCAGUAAUCGCAACAUGAAGCCUCAAUUCCUCGAGCGCGCAACAAAUAAUUAAUUACGUCACCUUUAAAUGCACCAGUUCAAAACGUGCCAGGGGCAGCGCAACUUCAGCCAUCGAAAAAGAAGACUGUUCGAUGUCAUCAGUACUAUGAUGUGGCGAUCUCGUGGUACUGGACACCACUGAGGAAACGAAAAGAAACUGUCACCCACCCGACAGUAGCACAGAGCUACAGAGGAAACUUGUCCACCGUAGCCUAAUGCUACCGUCGGAUGAAUGGGAAUUUUCUUUUUCAUGAACCUUUCCUCCACCUUGUGGUAUUUGGCAGAGCUCACUCGAGGAACACCACUGACUACACACGCGCACACACUACGGCCAUGCUGCCGAAAGGCGAGUCCAUUCAGCAUUUGGUGGGACAAAAAGGGAGAGCCGGUUUUCCAGAAUUUCCAAGAGAGGCGCACAGUUAAAAGGGCGAAUUUGCCAGCUUUCGGUGAUGGUUUAUCAUAUGGCCUUCAAUUACUGUACCAGGCUGACUGGCACACUCUUGAAAUGUGUACAAUGACAUGUGACCUCCACAUCCCCUGUCAGUGUGCAUGAAUAGUCUUUUUUUUCGAGGCCGAAGCCACGCAGCUCUUGAUGCACGUUUUGAAUGGACUGCGUUGAAAGUGCUGUAAUUGAUCACUUGUAGCACUUUCGAGAAAGUGAGAUUUCGUAAAGUAAUCGUGAAGUCGACAGUUACUUCAAAUAGAAAUAAAAAAAGAAAAGGUAGGACACAAAAUUCUUUUUGUGUCGUUAUUCCUUGAACAAUGAUCAACACCUGCCAGACAAGGGAAUCCUGAGCCUGGGAGCAGUGUUUCUGACAAGAGUACUUGCGUUCGUCAAGGCCUGACCUGUUUUCUUCGAGGCCUUGCUUAUCUUACCACUCUCCCUUGUCAAAACUACUUUGCUUGUUUGCCUGUCGCUGAUCACAUCAAGUUACCUGGUUUGGACUGCUUGACAAUGCCAUAAUUACAGCGGGAGCCUCGUGAAGCUGUUAAUAUGGCAGCUUUUUAGUCCUACCACAGCACUUCCCUCAUGCUUUUGUCUGAAGAAUGCUUGAUGUAUGAAGGGAAUACGAGUCUGAGCCCUUAAUCUACACACCAGAUAGCUGGUUAUCACUGGCCAACAGUGCCGUGUCAUUAAAUGCAUUCUCUUUAAGAGCAGCCUCCAGCUGAAAUCACAACCAGAUACACAUCUCGAAUGUUUUUCUCCCACACAAGGUAACAGUGCGACAUUUUCGCAAGGAGAGCUCCACAAGUUGCUUCUGAUCUCGUCAAAGGGUUGUUUGGUGGAAAUUGCACAACUCGCCUGUUGACCCGCGCCAUGUGUUGUCUUGCGCAAGUGGGACUUUCUGCAGAGUCGGUACAGCGCCAGAAAUUUAUAUCGGAAUUAGCGUCAACAAGCGCUUUAGCAUGCUUGUGUGACAGUGGUGUUAGUAUUGUUUCUAUGUGGGUUACCGAGCAACAAACCUUUGAGCACAUGGCACGCAUAGUGGGCGCUAGUAUAAAAGGGGAAUGCCUCAUUUGCUGCAAAGAUCAUUAAAGGGACACUUAAGACCAGCAUAAAUCAGUUUAGACAUUUUAGAAAUUAUGAUUAGGAAUUUUUUUUUUUUUCGAAACUCUAUUUUCAUCUAUUUUGGCAUAGAAGUUACAGCAGAACAGUGAGCACCAAACUUCGCUUUGUUGAAGUGCAAGCCAAAAGAUAGGCACAGGUCUAAGCAGGUAUGUACACCAGCAGACCCUCCGACCUUUAAAGUUCAAGAAAUUGCUACAGUCAAUGCCCAAAAAUAAAAGAUGUUGCUUAAAAACGUUGAAAAAAAUGUUUUAGUACUUGUGAUGUCGACUAUUAAAAUAAUCCGCCGCCUCUGUUUUGUAGCAACGCUGCAAACAGGCACGCUUCUCAGUGUUGUUUAACAGGUACUGAUAGGCUAGUUGACAAUUUAUGAUUUAGUUAAACAGCACACUUGAGAAAAACAAAAGAAAUACAUGGACUUGAAAGGGAAAGAAAUGACGUGCACACAUGUACGUCUCUUUCAUUUUUUUCUUGUCCGUGUCGUUUUUCUUUUUUUAAGUGUACUGCAUAGCAAAGUUUCACGAAUUCUCAUUAUUCAGAGCUAAAAUGAUCUGCAUCACAGGCGGACACGUUUAUAAAAUGGUGUGGGUGACAGUUCGUGCAAGUGCAAGUCGGAAUAGACGAGCGGGUCCAAAAAAUUCAGCCCUAGAUCGGAUGAAAAAAAUAUUCUUAAAAUCACUGACAUCAUACGACAUUCGUAAACAAUUAGUUUGUGAAAAGUCGCAUAGAAUGAUGGACGAAAUGCAGAAGAAAGGCAGGAUAGAUGCACUGAUAAGGUGUCCUUUCAGCGCAUGCGUAUUGUACCUUGUUCUGCUUGCCAUCCAAAAAAAUAAGCUAGUAUGCCAGCUCAUCCAGUUUACUACUAUUCUUAACCUGAAAGAAGCUCUUAAAAAUUGGGUGCUUUACGAUAAACUCGUAGAAGUUUGUCGGUUUAAAGUUGGCAGCUAUGCAUUAGUGUAAUGUCCCGAAUUUGGAAGUGGGUAGUUUCCCGUAUUUGGGUCACCUUUGGAGCAAGAAACGUUCUUGAAACUUGCUCUCUGUUCUUAGAAUGCAGUGUAAUCUUCCUCUACCAGAAAACAGUAAAGUGGAGGUGAUUACAUAUUGUCAAAUUUAGUGAUGUCACGCAAGCUGGUGCACGAACUUCGAGGCAGCGUUGGCACCCGUCUAUUGUUUCUGCAAAUUUUGAAGCUUGCCGAGGCUCGUCUCGCAGAAAGGUCUUGCUAUUGUGAACGUGUGGUUCACUAAUGCAGCUUAGCUUAGUAUUCCCUUUUAAUGUCUCUUUAAACAUCCUUAAUUUUAGCAGUGAAUAAUUAUCCACGACACCCGAAUAUAAGGGAUACUUAGCAUGUAUCACUAUGUAAUGUUCCAAAACUUGCGCGAUUAGGAGUUUGUAUAAUUAUGGCACCCUCUAGGUUUCACGUAGUUGCACGCAGCCUGCAUGCAACUAAUAUUGUCCUAUCUUGUGCCAUUGCUACGUGGUUAGUAAAUGAUUAUGCAACCAUGUUUAAAACCACAGGAUGCGAAGUGUCAACGACAUGACUCACCUUUGUUGCCUGCUGCUUGUGUCGCACAUACCAGUGGCUCCAGUGCAAAUUACAAAUUAAGAGCUUUCUGCUUUUAUUUAAUCCUGCGUCAUAUGCCUUACAUAGAGAGACUGGGUGGUGUUCAUACUGCAUUUUUCUUUAUGGUGUCCACUCUAUUACUCCAGAUCAUGCUUGGGAAAAAGCGUAUGUUUUGCAUAUUAAACCAUGUUUUACACUGUG